AUGAGUUUUUUAAGACCACAUAUGAAGGAAAGAGACUCAAUAAGUAACAUUGAAUCCAUGGUAAGCGAUGAUGACGAUUCUGAUCAUAAUGAAGAUCAAUGUGAAGAAUCGGACAAUUUGAAUUCUUCGUCCGAAGAUACUCAUGAAGUACAAUCAAUACAGAGUCCAGAUUCAUUAACUUCAACACCACAACCGUUUCGUAAGCCAGUAUCAAAAAACAGCUCUGUAUCCAAAAAAAAAUUAAAUUAUCAGAUAACUAUCCUGAAUCCGCAUCUAAAACAUUAA